AUGGCUCUCUGCUCUUCUGCCAUCACAAUCCGGCGGAUGGUGCACUUUUCAAGCACGCCAACCAGCUUGUGCUCUCGAUCCCCCCCCUCACCGCUCGAUGCGCUUGUGGAUGAGGUGAGCUCCUACAUCCCGGCAACAUUCACCUCGAUUCCGCAAAUCUCACGCCAGCUGCCGCCAGAGCUGAUGGAGCGCGUGUGUGACCCCAUCUGCGGCGGCUUGCGGCCCCUGCUGUCUCGCUACGCGGAGCGCUUUGAAAGCAAAAUGAUCGGGCAGGUGCACGUGGUGCGCAGCCGCCUCAGGCAGAGAGAAUCCGCAGCGCCGUGCCGCCGGGCCAACGCGGGUGCCGCAGCGGGUCACUCGUUCGCUGUUUCAUCGUCUCCGUCUGGUAAUGCCGCUGCUACAGCCCCAAAGUCGAGCUCAGUGGACGUCCAGGCUAUUUUCGCUGAGCUCCGGCAGCUGUUCCCGAGCUACCUCGUGCCAGUCAAGGCCCUCUGGACGACUGUCCCGGAAGCCGAAGAGCAGCAGGUUAGGGCCUGCGUGCUCGAUGCUCUUCGAUCGCCACAGCACAGAGCAUGGCUCAUCUUUCACGAGCACCCGGCGCACUGCACCUCUCGCAGUACUUUAGCUGAUGAGGCGGAGCUGACUCACGUGCUCGAACACGGGUAUGCGCAGCUGCGACUCGACCCUUCGGCAGGCGAUGACAGCGCCGCUGUGCCAAUGCUGCAGUCACCAAACACGCGGAUGGCGGAGCAUGCGGUGCAGCCGUACGAGUGGUACCGGGUGGCGCGUGUACUGCCGACCACAGCAACGGAGCUGCUCUUCUCGGGUGAGCUACAGGAGCAGGCAACCCUUCUCCUGCCACCCGGGCGGGAUGUCUGGCACGUUUUGUUGAGCGCGCCUGCUCUUUUCGAGGUCCGCUAUGUGGCCCCCACGACCGUCAAUAGCGGGCAGCAGGCAUGCGCGCCGACCCCCUCUGCCGCGGCUUCUUCUUCGGCGCCGGUUUGCGCAGCGUAUGACGCCACGCUGCCGCCAUCCUUGUGCGCCUCCGUCUACGUGCGCUUUCGGCUCGAGGAGCGCUUCGUCCCACCAGACAUGGCGGGCGCGCACGAGGAGAGCAUACUACGCGAGCUGGAGACACUCACUGUGGACCGGGCGGCAAGUGCAUGCGGCCUCAGUUCGCGCCAGAGACGCCGCAAGCGCAAACUGCAGCGCCAGCUCGCCUACAUGCGCAACCCAACCCCGUACUUCGACGACCGGGUCCUAGCACAGCAUCUCUUUGACCUUCUCCCGCUGCGUGAUGGGGUACAUCAGUCGGCGCUCUUAGGAUCGUUGCCGCAGCCUGCCGUGCAAGCUUUUCCUCAAAAUGUGAUGGAGCUGUUACAAGCACGGAAUGAUUUGUUUCAGCUAUCCGAUGCGCGGCACGGCAUCCUGGUGCAGCGCGCCGAUGCCCCCAAGGCCGCUCAGCGCUCCAUCGAAAGCGUUACUGGGGAGGAAAUACUCCUGCACAUCUUCUCCUCCUAUUCCCUCCGUAGCGACCCUCGAGAAGGGACGACGAUCAGUCGAAGUCUCCCGCGACUGCCGCGGCUUGUGCGUGAGCGACUUUUCGCCAUGCAGGAUAUCAUAGCCGAGGUGCUGAUUCUAUACCCUGACAAGGUGGAGGUACUCGCGGACCGGUCCCCUACCAUCGCAUCCCUCUCCUUGUCCUCAUCACCACACACCAGCGAGGCUGAUGAGCGUACCUUGCGUGAGUUGCGAGCCGUCCGCGGUCGCCGCGAUUUUUUGGUCCCAUUCCGUUUUGUGGGGGAGUGGCAGGCGAAGUUAACAGAGAAGUACACGAAACAGCAAGAGAAGGACGCGGUGAAGAGUAUGCGUGCCCGCCAGAGAAGCGAAGGCAGUCACCGCCGACCGGCUCGCUACUGA